CUCAAAGUUUGUAUGUUUUGCUCAACAUAGACAAAACAAAAUCCUCCUCCUUUAUUAUUUGUGAUACAAGUUUCUUUUGAUUUAUCUAUCUCCAAUAUGAAGGGAGGGACUAAGAGACUUUCUUUGUUGUUUUUAGUUUGCUUUCAUGUUUUUGUAUCAAGUGUGAGUGCAAGAAGUUUGGAGACAACGAAGAAUGAGGACGAGAAGUUUCUUUUUAGCAAGGGAGGUGGAUUUGGUGGAGGGUUUGGCGGAGGUGGCGGUGGAAGUGGAGGCGGUGGCGGUGGAGGAGGUGGUGGUGGUGGAUUUGGAGGUGGCGGAGGAUAUGGUGGUGGAGGAGGAUUUGGUGGAGGUGUCGGUGGUGGUGGUGGACUAGGUGGUGGCGGCGGCGGUGGAUUAGGAGGUGGUGGUGGAGGAGGUUUAGGAGGUGGCCAUGGAAUCGGUGGCGGAGUUGGUGGUGGACAUGGAGUUGGUGGAGGCAUUGGAGGUGGCCAUGGAAUUGGUGGUGGAAUCGGUAAAGGUGGCGGCAUUGGUGGUGGAAUCGGAAAGGGUGGGGGAUUAGGUGGUGGAGUUGGUGGUGGCCAUGGAGUUGGUGGAGGGAUUGGUGGUGGAUAUGGAAAGGGUGGGGGACUAGGUGGUGGCCAUGGAAUUGGUGGUGGAGUUGGUGGUGGGUAUGGAAAGGGCGGAGGACUAGGUGGUGGAGUUGGCGGUGGCCAUGGAAUAGGUGGCGGAGUUGGUGGUGGAUAUGGAAAGGGUGGAGGACUAGGUGGCGGAGUUGGUGGUGGCCAUGGAAUUGGUGGCGGAGUUGGUGGUGGAUAUGGAAAGGGUGGAGGAUUAGGUGGUGGAAUUGGUAAGGGUGGGGGCAUUGGUGGUGGAAUCGGUAAAGGAGGAGGUAUUGGAGGUGGAUAUGGAAAGGGUGGUGGACUAGGUGGUGGAAUUGGAAAGGGUGGGGGCAUUGGUGGUGGAAUUGGAAAAGGAGGAGGUAUUGGUGGUGGAUACGGAAAGGGUGGUGGAUUAGGUGGAGGAAUUGGGAAAGGUGGAGGGCUAGGCGGUGGAGGAGGUUUUGGUAAGGGAGGUGGAAUUGGAGGUGGCAUUGGAAAGGGUGGAGGAAUCGGAGGUGGAGGUGGUUUUGGAAAGGGUGGUGGUUUAGGUGGUGGCAUUGGAAAAGGUGGAGGACUUGGAGGCGGAGGUGGGUUUGGAAAGGGUGGCGGUAUUGGUGGUGGAAUUGGAAAAGGUGGAGGAUUAGGGGGCGGAGUCGGAGGUGGAUUUGGAAAGGGUGGUGGUAUCGGAGGAGGAUUCGGUAAAGGUGGUGGCAUUGGAGGAGGGUUCGGCAAAGGUGGUGGCAUUGGAGGAGGGUUCGGCAAAGGUGGUGGCAUUGGAGGAGGAUUCGGUAAAGGUGGUGGCAUCGGAGGAGGAUUCGGUAAAGGUGGUGGAUUUGGAGGAGGAAUAGGCUCUGGUGGCGGCUUUGGUGGUGGUGGUGGAUUUGGAGGUGGUGGAGGUGGUGGCGGUGGGAUUGGAGGACACUACUAAGGUAGAGACUUCAUUUUCUAAUCAAGCACAUGCUACACGAGAGAGAAUUUCAUGCAUGAGCGACCACAUCCAUGCAUGGAGCUGAAUUGGUAUUGUUGCCAAUUAUUAAGAGCCUAAGUAAAAGAUGUACUUGUAUUUCUUUUUUAUCAUUUUCUAUAAGCAUGGUUUGUUGAUUAUUUGGUGUAACUCAUUCUAUAGUUUCUAGAUAAACUUGCUUAAUUUCUUUUUAAUUAUACUCCAGUAGCUACUACAAUUGUACUGCUGCUCAUAAUGGAUUCAAUGUAUUGUUGUAUUGAUUAAAUAAUCAGUGAACUAGUUGUCAAUUUUAUAUUUAAGUUGUUGCA